AAAACCACUUUCUCCCUACCACCCUUGCAUUGCUAGGAAGCUCUUAACUUCUCUUUUAAAAUUCUUCUUCGCCUUCGCGAUGCUCCGCCGCACCAUUCCUUUCUGCGCAUCAAGGAAGGUGCGUUUCGGCGUUAGGCACAAAUCCGGUGGCGGAAGAAGGCCGAAGAAGAAAACGUACCACAGAGUGGCUGAACUAGACCGAGUGAUGGAACUGCGAAAGAAGCCAUUGAUGAUUCUCCAACUCACCUCCCUCAUCCAAUUUCAGCCCCACCACUCCCCCCUCUUCCUCCGCGAUCUCGAGAAGAACGUCGGCUUCGUUCGAAAAUGGGCCUUCAUGGCCCUCAUCGACAAACACCCCUCCGUCUUCCGCGUCUCAGGGGCGCCCCCUUCGGUCUCCCUCACGGCCCGGGCCCGAACCCUAGCCCAGGAAGAGCCCAACGCCCGAGCCUCCAUGGAACCCCUCUUGGUCACCAACCUGCGGAAGCUGCUCAUGCUCUGCGUCGAUUGCAAACUGCCUCUUCAAACUGUGGAGCUCGUUGGACCUCAGUUGGGCCUUCCCUCCGAUUUUAAAGACUGUUUGAUUCCGAAGUACCCCCAGUUUUUCACGGUUAGGAGCUUCCGUGGAAGGGAUUGUCUUCUGUUGGAGGAUUGGGAUUCCAACUUGGCUGUCACUUCUAGAGAGACUAGGUUGGCUCAGGAAGGAGUUGUGAACAUGAAGGCAAACGGAGAUAGGAGGAAGGUGAAGAUUUCAAGAGAUGGGAACUACCUUGGUCCAUUUGCUUUCAAAAUGAAUUUUCCUGCUGGAUUUAGGCCAAAUGUUGGUUACCUUGAGCAGCUUGAGAGGUGGCAGAAGUUGGAGUUCCCUUCUCCUUAUUUGAAUGCAAGGAGAUUUGAUGCUGCUGAUCCAAAAACUCGAAAACGAUCUGUGGCAGUGAUUCAUGAGCUCCUGAGCUUGACCAUGGAGAAGAGGAUGACAUCUGCACAGCUUGAAGCAUUUCAUGCAGAGUGUCUUUUGCCAUCUCAAUUACUGCUUUGCUUGAUAAAGCAUCAGGGGAUAUUUUACCUCACUAAUAAAGGUGAACGGAGUACCGUGUUCCUCAAAGAUGCAUACAUUGGUUCCAACUUGAUAGAUAAGUGUCCUCUGUUGCAAUUUUAUGAUAAAUUUAUGGCACUCUGUGGAAGAGGAAAUAUUGAUCUGUGUGACAACGCGAAUUCCUUACCAACCGUAAUUUAGAAGUUGAAUUCGAUUGAUUCUUUAGUGAUAAGGUAAUUCUGCAUCUCUUCCUAGUUGGUAGAGGCUAAGGAUAUAUAACUGGAAAAGUAUGCAGCAUAAGGAUAUCAUUCCUCACGUAA